CAGAGCCAGCGGCCGAGCGAGCGCGUCCGUCUGUCCGGGCUGCGGGAGCCAUGGCCGGGAUCGUGCUCACCCUCGGCAUCGCGGUGCUGCUGCCCACGGACGCCUUCCCCUGCCCAGCCCUGCGCCCCCACAACGCCACGGCCUCCAAGCUGCUGGGAACGUGGCUCUACGUGGCCGGGGCUGCCCAGUUCCCCAGGCACCUCCUGGAGAUGCUGCUCAUCGACCACGGGCACCUGUACGUGGAGCCCCUCACGGAUGGGCAGGAGCUGCUCAUCACCCAGCACGUGGCCGUAGGGGACCAAUGUCUCACCAACAACCUCACCUACUUGGAAAUCGCUGCUGGUAACACCACGCUGGUGAAGCACGCCAAGACCCAGCAAACUGUGGGGACACUGAUGAACCUCAGCUCUGAAGACCUUUUACUCAUCCAGUACCAACUGCAGAGGGAAAGGACGUAUUUGGGACUGUAUCUCUACGCCCGGAACCUGAGCAUGAGCACAGCUGACCGUGAGGAAUUCGAGCACCACGCCAAGUGCCUGGGGCUGAGGGAAGAGGAGAUCAUUUAUGCACCCUGGAAAACAGAGCUGUGUCAAACAAAAGAGAUAGAAAAAGGCAACACCCCACACACAGAGCCCAUGGCUGGGGGCACAGCAUCACCUCCUCCAGGUACCCUCCAGCCUGGGAGUGCAGGGAACUGAUCCCACUUCGGGCAAUAAAUGUUUUCUUUAAAUUC